UCCACGUGAGAUGUUGAUCGACGGUUGAGGCGGGGUUAUGGGUGUUGAAAUAAGGAAGCCAAGGCUAGGGUUUGAUAUCUUUUGGGGCGAAGGCGGCGUUUUGGGGUGAUUCUCGUCAGCAGAUAUGCAGAUAUUCGUCAAGACCUUGACUGGCAAGACAAUCACCUUGGAGGUGGAGAGCUCUGAUACCAUCGAUAAUGUGAAGACUAAGAUCCAGGACAAGGAGGGAAUUCCUCCUGACCAGCAGCGCCUCAUCUUUGCGGGCAAGCAGCUCGAGGACGGUAGGACGUUGGCGGACUAUAACAUCCAGAAGGAGUCGACUCUCCACUUGGUGCUUCGUCUUCGUGGAGGGAUGCAGAUCUUCGUCAAGACGCUCACUGGGAAGACAAUCACUCUCGAGGUGGAGAGCUCGGACACCAUCGACAACGUCAAGACAAAGAUCCAGGACAAGGAGGGGAUCCCACCGGACCAGCAGCGUUUGAUCUUUGCCGGGAAGCAGCUCGAGGACGGUCGGACCCUUGCGGAUUACAACAUCCAGAAGGAAUCAACUCUUCACUUGGUGCUUCGUCUUCGUGGAGGGAUGCAGAUCUUCGUCAAGACUCUGACUGGCAAGACCAUCACCCUUGAGGUGGAGAGCUCGGACACCAUCGACAACGUCAAGACUAAGAUCCAGGACAAGGAGGGUAUCCCACCGGACCAGCAGCGUUUGAUCUUUGCCGGCAAGCAGCUGGAGGAUGGACGCACUUUGGCGGACUACAACAUCCAGAAGGAGUCGACUCUCCACUUGGUGCUUCGUCUCCGUGGAGGGAUGCAGAUCUUCGUCAAGACCCUGACUGGCAAGACAAUUACGCUUGAGGUGGAGAGCUCGGACACCAUCGAUAAUGUCAAGACUAAGAUCCAGGACAAGGAGGGCAUCCCCCCGGACCAGCAGCGCUUGAUCUUUGCUGGAAAGCAGCUCGAGGAUGGACGAACUCUCGCGGACUACAACAUCCAAAAGGAGUCGACACUCCACCUGGUUCUUCGUCUGCGUGGAGGGAUGCAGAUCUUCGUCAAGACCCUGACUGGCAAGACCAUCACGCUUGAGGUGGAGAGCUCGGACACCAUCGACAACGUCAAGACAAAGAUCCAGGACAAGGAGGGGAUCCCACCGGACCAGCAGCGUCUCAUCUUUGCGGGGAAGCAGCUCGAGGAUGGACGAACUCUCGCCGACUACAACAUCCAGAAGGAAUCGACGCUCCACUUGGUGCUCCGUCUACGUGGAGGGAUGCAGAUAUUCGUCAAGACCCUGACUGGCAAGACCAUCACGCUUGAGGUGGAGAGCUCGGACACCAUCGACAACGUCAAGACAAAGAUCCAGGACAAGGAGGGGAUCCCACCGGACCAGCAGCGUCUCAUCUUUGCGGGGAAGCAGCUCGAGGAUGGACGAACUCUCGCCGACUACAACAUCCAGAAGGAAUCGACGCUCCACUUGGUGCUCCGUCUACGUGGAGGGAUGCAGAUAUUCGUCAAGACCCUGACUGGCAAGACCAUCACGCUUGAGGUGGAGAGCUCGGACACCAUCGACAAUGUCAAGACCAAGAUCCAGGACAAGGAGGGGAUCCCACCGGACCAGCAGCGUUUGAUCUUUGCUGGCAAGCAGCUCGAGGACGGGAGGACAUUGGCGGACUACAACAUCCAGAAGGAGUCGACUCUCCACUUGGUGCUUCGUCUUCGUGGAGGGAUGCAGAUCUUCGUCAAGACCCUGACUGGCAAGACCAUCACCCUUGAGGUGGAGAGCUCGGACACCAUCGACAACGUCAAGACCAAGAUCCAGGACAAGGAAGGAAUCCCUCCGGACCAGCAGAGGCUGAUCUUUGCCGGCAAGCAGCUCGAGGAUGGACGCACUCUAGCCGACUACAACAUCCAGAAGGAGUCGACGCUCCACCUGGUGCUUCGUCUUCGUGGAGGAAUGCAGAUCUUCGUCAAGACACUCACUGGGAAGACGAUCACUCUGGAAGUUGAGAGCUCGGACACCAUCGACAACGUGAAGACUAAGAUCCAGGACAAGGAGGGCAUCCCCCCGGACCAGCAGCGCCUCAUCUUUGCGGGGAAGCAGCUCGAGGAUGGUCGCACCCUGGCGGACUAUAACAUCCAGAAGGAGUCGACCCUCCACCUGGUUCUUCGUCUUCGUGGAGGCAUGCUUGCCUGAUCCAACGAUAAGUUUCAUGGCGAUGGCAAAGCUUUCUCUUGUAUCAUGAAAAUCUUAUUCGAAUAGAGGAAGCAAUGUUAUUACAAGUUUCUAA